GGAGGAAGGGGAAGUUACCUUCCCCUCGGAAGAGGGCGCUGGCUCCCCCAUCCUGCCUUUAUAAUCAGGUCGCGGCCGGAGAGGAAGCAGCCAGCUGCCGUCUGCGCCCUGCAAAGCAUGCAGUUAGGGGAGCAGCUCUUGGUGAGCUCUGUGAACCUGCCCGGCGCGCACUUCUACCCGCUGGAGGGGGCGCGAGGAGGCGGCGGCGGGAGCGCCGGCCACCUCCCGGGAGCGGCCCCCUCGCCCCAGAGGCUGGACUUAGACAAAGCGCCCAAGAAGUUCUCGGGCAGCCUCUCGUGCGAGGCGGGGAGCGGGGAACCCGCGGCCGCCGGCGCGGGGGCCCCCGCAGCCAUGCUCAGUGACGCCGACGCCGGGGACGCCUUUGCCAGCGCCGCGGCCGUGGCCAAGCCGGGGCCCCCGGACGGCCGCAAGGGCUCCCCCUGCGGGGAGGAGGAGCUGCCCUCGGCCGCCGCGGCCGCUGCGGCCGCCGCCGCGGCCAGCGCGCGCUACUCCAUGGACAGCCUGAGCUCGGAGCGCUACUACCUCCAGUCCCCCGGGCCUCAGGGCUCGGAGCUGGCGGCGCCCUGCUCGCUCUUCCCGUACCAGGCGGCGGCCGGGGCGCCCCACGGGUCUGUGUACCCGGCUCCCAACGGGGCGCGCUACCCCUACGGCUCCAUGCUGCCCCCCGGCGGCUUCCCCGCGGCCGUGUGCCCACCCGGGAGGGCGCAGUUCGGCACGGGAGCCGGCGCGAGCGGCGGCGCGGGCGGCGGCGGCGGCGGAGGCGGCCCGGGCGCCUAUCAGUACGGCCAGGGGGCUCCGCUCUACGGGCCGUACCCAGGGGCGGCAGCCGCAGGUACCUGCGGAGGACUAGGGGGUCUGGGGGUUCCCGGCUCCGGCUUCCGUGCCCACGUCUACCUGUGCAACCGGCCUCUGUGGCUCAAAUUCCACCGCCACCAAACCGAGAUGAUCAUUACGAAACAGGGCAGACGCAUGUUUCCUUUUUUGAGCUUCAACAUAAACGGACUCAAUCCCACCGCCCACUACAACGUGUUCGUAGAAGUGGUGCUGGCGGACCCCAACCACUGGCGCUUCCAGGGGGGCAAAUGGGUGACCUGCGGAAAAGCGGACAAUAACAUGCAGGGCAACAAAAUGUAUGUUCACCCGGAGUCUCCUAAUACUGGAUCCCACUGGAUGAGACAGGAGAUUUCCUUUGGGAAGUUAAAACUCACCAAUAACAAAGGCGCAAACAACAACAACACCCAGAUGAUAGUCUUACAGUCUUUACACAAGUACCAGCCACGGCUGCAUAUUGUUGAAGUCACAGAGGAUGGCGUGGAGGACUUGAACGAGCCCUCUAAGACACAGACCUUCACUUUCUCAGAAACGCAGUUCAUUGCUGUGACCGCCUAUCAAAACACCGAUAUAACUCAACUAAAGAUUGAUCACAAUCCCUUUGCAAAAGGCUUCAGGGACAACUACGAUUCCAUGUACACCGCUUCCGAAAAUGACAGGUUAACUCCAUCUCCCACGGAUUCUCCUAGAUCCCAUCAGAUUGUCCCCGGAGGUCGGUACGGCGUUCAGUCCUUCUUCCCGGAGCCCUUUGUCAACACUUUACCUCAAGCCCGAUAUUACAAUGGAGAGAGAACCGUGCCACAGACCAACGGCCUCCUUUCACCCCAACAGAGCGAAGAGGUGGCCAACCCUCCCCAGCGGUGGCUUGUCACGCCUGUCCAGCAGCCUGGGACCAACAAAAUAGACAUUGGCUCCUAUGAGUCUGAGUAUUCUUCCAGCACCUUGCUCCCGUAUGGCAUUAAAUCCUUGCCCCUCCAGACGUCCCAUGCCCUGGGGUACUACCCCGACCCUGCCUUCCCUGCGAUGGCAGGGUGGGGAGGCAGAGGCUCUUAUCAGAGGAAGAUGGCAGCUGGACUCCCAUGGACCUCCCGAACAAGCCCCCCUGGGUUCUCUGAAGAUCAGCUCUCCAAGGAGAAAGUCAAAGAAGAAAUUGGCUCUUCUUGGAUAGAGACACCCCCAUCCAUCAAGUCUCUCGACUCCAACGAUUCCGGGGUAUACACCAGUGCUUGUAAGCGAAGGCGGCUGUCUCCUAGCACCUCUAGCAAUGAAAAUUCUCCCUCCAUAAAGUGUGAGGACAUUAACGCUGAAGAAUACAGUAAAGACACCUCAAAAGGCAUGGGGGGUUAUUAUGCUUUUUACACAGCUCCCUAAAGAGUUAUUUUAACUUUGUCAAAAUGAGCUCACCAUUUGCCCAUGGACUUGGUGGUGUUUCUGUUGUCUUCUUUGCCUAGGUUGUUGCCAAAAAGACAUUUGCCUUCCACCCCGAUGUGUCCUGUUUUGUGCAAUUCUCUAAAAGAAGGUGCCAAAGCUUUUUGAUUGCUGCAGGUAACUGAAACAAGUCUAGACUUCUUUUUUUUUUUCUUUUUUAAUGAAAUUAACAGAGGACUUUCAAGUGUUUUUAAAUUUGAAGGUGAUUCAAAGUUACGGAUUUAUUUAUUGGAGACACUAGACAUUCAGUCAACUGGGGCUGUGGAGAGGGAGGGCCUAGCGCUAUCAAAGAUGUUGAAAGCUUUGGUUUUUUUUUUUUUUUUUCUUUUAAAUCUGUAAAUCUGUAAGCAAAUAGAAGCCCAGAGUGGUAAGAUGGUUUUGCUUCUGGGAGAGAAGGGUGGGCCUUAAGCUUCAACAAGGAAAAUUUUGCUGUUAACUUUCUGCUAGGGACAGAAGACGUUAAGCCUGGGAAGCAAGAAGAGCUUUGUGAAGGUGCUGGUUUGGCCCGACUGAUCGUCCCAGGCUUUGAAACAAGCCAUGUUUGCCCAAGUUCAGUCGCCUCAUGUGCUAGGCCUCUGCUGUGUGCCCCUGGGGGUCAGCCGGGGGCCUCAUAGGACUCAGGAGACAGCAAGGGGGUCGCCAAAAAAAAAAGAAAAAGAAUUUUAAAGUGUACAGUUGUGUGUGCUUAGAUACACUGUAGAAUAAUGUGGAAAAUAUUGUAUAAAUAGUUCCAUAGGUAUAUGAGAUUAUGUAAAAUUGGUGCUUUGGUUUUGUAAAGAAUUUGCAAAUCAUUGGACCACAGCUGCAGGAGCUGGGGGCGACAUUUGGGAAUAUUCUGUUUACUUCUUAGCUAGUUAAGAAUGUAUUCAGCUACUGUACUAACUUAAAACGGUGUUAAGGAAAACUCCCCGCGUCAUCCUCUUCCUCCACCACCCCCACCACCCCACUCGGUAACCCGAGCAAACAGAAACCUUAACGCCCCAGCUCCUAGAGGCUUUCUAGAGACCUUGGAUUUUUAUGUACAGCCGUAGUCAUUUUUAAUAAAUGUGGUUCGUUAAGGGAA